CUAUAAGAGUUUCUCCGGCUUUUUUUAGACUCAUGUCAGCAGGACACUACGGCGGGAUGCUAGAUGCAGUUUCUCAGCGGAUCUCUCUGCAGAAAACACAGUAACUCAUCAGGUUGAAUCUUCUGUGCUGCCAUCUGAGAGGACAGAGACUACUACAGUAAAGAAAAAAGACGUGGAGCAACUGGGCGACAAAAAUAUUUGCAUGGAUUGUGAACAAUGUGAAAGUGUCACAGUGGUCACAGAAGAGACCCUGAAAACAAAAGACAACGAAAAACAAGAUGAAACUGAAGUCAUCCAGUGUAAGACAGUCUGGACGCCCAGUGUGCUGUCCAGCAUUGGAAAGGACAUUUACUAUUUCGCCGGUCAUGAGAUCAACAUCUGGGAAUCUCUCGAUUCGUUCGGUUCCAUCAUCUGGCCGGCAGCUCUGGCUCUGUGUCGCUACCUCGAGUCUAAUCGAGAGACCGUGGAUCUUCAUGACAAGGCGGUGCUGGAGAUCGGCGCUGGAACUGGUCUUGUGUCCAUUGUGUCCAGUCUAUUGGGUGCAUGGGUGACAGCGACUGACCUGCCCGAGGUCCUCGGGAACUUGAGAAGCAACUUGUCUCGGAACACAAGAGGCCGUUCCAGAUACACGCCACAAGCGGCCGAGCUCUCUUGGGGUUGUAAGCUCGACAAGACCUUUCCUCACUCAGUCUACAAGUACGAUUAUGUCCUGGCAGCCGAUGUGGUUUAUCAUCACGACUUCCUGGCAGAAUUACUGGUCACCAUGAGGCACUUCUGCCAGCCGGGCACGACCCUCAUCUGGGCCAAUAAGGUGCGCUUCCAAUCCGACCUGGUGUUUACGGAGAACUUCAGGAACACAUUCAACACCAGCCUGCUGGAGGAUAAUGGAGAGGUAAAGAUUUAUUCUGCCACUGUGAAAGAAGAACGUGGAGAAGUGAUGGAGGAGGGUGUGAAGAUGGAGAAUGAGACGGGCGCAGAAGAGUCAAAGAAUAUAAAAGAAUUGAAAUGGGAAUCAAACGUUGUGGAAUUACAGCAGCGGAAAUUAUUGACGGAUGCAGCGCUUGUUGAAGAGAUGAAAGAGGUGGAAAGAAAAGCAGAACUUCAGGAUGAAAAUCAAGAGGAUACAGAAGACGAUGAGACGGAGAGACUUGAAGAUGUAAAUAAGGAAACCUUUGAAAUGGAGGAACAACCUGUGGAAAUUGGAGAUGAAGAUGCUGAAAGAAACUCAGAAUCCGAUUCAACAGAGAAUGACAAACAGCAGGACUAUCUGAGACCAUGGGCACCCACUAUUUACUACAUACCGGGGAAAGAAAUUUACCAUUUCUUAGGACAGAAAAUCAUAAUCCAGGAGUCCCUUGAUUAUUUUGGAGCUACAAUCUGGCCAGCGGCACUUGCACUCUGUAACCUCUUAGACACGGCGGAGGGUCAACAACAAAUACAUUUAUGUGACAAAUCUGUUCUUGAGCUUGGAGCUGGAACUGGUCUUCUGUCAGCCGUAGUCACGCUGUUGGGUGCCAAACUCACAGCCACGGAUUUACCCGAGAUUCUGGGUAACCUGACAUGCAACCUCAACCGGAACACCAGAGGCCGUCGGCGACAUGAGCCCCUGGUAGCUGAACUAUUUUGGGGUCACAAGCUAGAAGAGACCUUCCCCAGAUCCACACAUCAUUACGAUUACGUGCUGGCCACUGAUGUGGUGUAUCACCAUGACUACCUGCCCGAGCUACUGCUCACCAUGCGUCACUUCUGCCAGCCGGGAACCACGCUGGUCUGGGCCAAUAAGGUUCGGUACGCCAGAGAUCUGGGCUUCAUAGACGACUUCCAGAAAUGUUUUAACAGCACACUGCUGGCAGAGAGGGAUGAGGUGAGGAUUUACGUGGCCACCAGCAGGGAGACGGAAGAUGCGCGUGAGGAGAAGGCGGCGGACACAGAGGAGAGUCAUAAUGGUGACGUCUGGGAGGAUGUUCAGGAUUAUGACCAUCCUGAUUUAAGAAUGAGAGACUCAGAGAAAAACAGCAAGAACGACGAGGUUGAAAGCUCACAAAGCAGUUUAGAGGAGAAAUGUGAAGAGCUACAAGACUGUAAAGCAUCCCAAGAUGAUAAGGAAGAGUCAGAAGUUGUUUUUGUCUUAUCAUCAGAACCAGACGAGACCCAUCAGAAGUUUUGGGCUCCCACUGUUUACUACAAACCUGGCAAAGAGAUUUACAAUUUUCUGGGUCAUGAAAUCCGAAUCCAAGAAUCCAUUGAUUCUUAUGGUGGCAUGAUAUGGCCGGCAGCUUUGGCCCUCUGCCGAUUCCUGGACACCCCGGCAGGCCGACAGCAGAUCGAUCUACUGGAUAAAUCUACCCUGGAGCUCGGAGCAGGAACGGGUCUCGUCUCAAUAGUCGCUACUCUGUUGGGUUCUAAACUCGCUCAGACAGAUCUUCCAGAGAUUCUGGGUAAUUUGAGGUGUAACUUAAAAAAAAACACCAGGUCCUACCGGAGACACGAGCCGAAGGUUUUCGCGUUAUCUUGGGGACACGAACUGGAGAUGUUUCCGCGCUCGGCUCACCGCUACGACUACGUUUUGGCAGCCGACAUCAUCUAUCACCAUGAUUUCCUACCCGAGCUUCUCGCCACCAUGCGUCACUUCUGUCAAAGAGGAACAACUCUGAUUUGGGCGAACAAGAUCCGCUAUCAGUCUGACUUGGUGUUUAUCGAGAACUUUCAGAAAGCUUUUAACAGUACGUUAUUGACGGAGAUGGACGAGGUACGGAUUUACUAGGCCACCGCCAGAGGAUGUGAUGAACAUGAAGAUAGAUGAGCGAGAGUAGAGCAUCGAGGAUACAGACAAGAGGGGAUUCAAUGAGGAUCAAUGACGUACAGGGACGAGGGUGACGGACCACUGAAAAGGAAAUAUGGGUCAUUCUCAAAAAACAGUGACUUUCUGACUUCAAAAAAUGUAAUUCAGUUUUCAUGCCUAAAAUUUGAUGAUUAGUAUUCACCGGCAUGAUUACAUUGUUACCAAUAAUACAGGGCAACUUGAAACUUGUUCCUUAUUUAUUUUAUUUGACUUAUUAUUUGCAAAGAGUUUUCUGUCAUUGUUGGUGAAACACCAGUGACAAUUUCCCAUGAAAGGCUAAUUUUCCAAAAUGAUGGCUAAGUCACCUCAAAACUAGCAUGAGGAGGCACACUAAAAUCUAUACAUUGUACCAAUAAACAUGUUUUUCAUACCGACACAAACCAAAGCAACACCAAUGACGCUUUUAAAGAACCACACCAAAACCCGACAUUUUAAAUAAAAUGUCUAACUUAUAUUAAGGCAAGGGACACUCACCAUGCGUGUGCUUGAACAGAGUGUCUUCUUUGUUGACCUUUGACCUUGCAAGUACUUGCAUAUUUUUAUUCUUUCAAAAUAAUAGUUUGUGUCACCAAUGACACAAAAUCAAAGGACAGAUUUUUUUUAAUUAUUUGUAUUAAUAAUUAUUUUGGUUUGCAUUUUUAUGCAUUUAUUAGGCCCUAUACUUGUGUUUAAUUGGUUAACUUAAUUUAAAAAAUAAAUGAAAAGGAAAUGUUUGUACGCCAUACAAAAGAGUUAAACAUAGGGAGAGGGACAUGUGUUUUUUAAAAGUACAAAUGAAAUUCAAAUUAAUUUAUUAAAAAAAAAAUGUACAAAACUAUAAAGACUUAAAUAACAAUCAUCAUUAUAAAACGGCGCAGAGUUGCAUGUUAAUGGCUAAAUCAGGUGGAUUUUUUUCAUUUGGAAGCUUUUUACAUGCCUGUAAAGUGUAGAGACCGGUUUGUGACCAUAUUUUGAAAAUGACCCUUAUGAUGGAGGAAGAAAUGAAAAAGGUAGAGACGAGGAAGACAUCAAAAGCAGAAAGAAAAGAGGGAAAAAAUAGACUUGUGAUAGAAAUUGUGUUGGCUAAUGAAGACACCAGAGAACCAAAAGCAGGCCAACAAAGGUACGGUAUAACAUCCCAAUUGAAUCUAAUCUAGCGGGACACAUUCAAAUGAAAAGUUUUUCUUUAGGAACCUGAAAAUUUCUGUCUCCAUCUGUUCUAAGAAAGUGAUGUUGUCACGUUCCUCCAUGAUGUCGUACUGGUGGCUUAUCUUGUAGCAAAAAAUUGCUUUACAAAUGCUCUUCAAACUGCGUACAACACCAAAAAACUGGGAGCGUUAUACAGUUAUACAGACAGAAACAAUUACCAUUACGUAUCAAACAAAUGUCAUGGGAAACCAUAAACCUAAAACAAGUGACGUUUGCUACAGUGUUUUUUUACUUUGCUAUAAAAAAGUAAUUUCUGUUGUUGUCAAUAAAUCUCUCAAAAUGAGAAAAAACAUUUAUCGGUUCCAGAUCAUUUUAUUCAUCAUCUUCGUCAAUGAACAUUAUUCAGGUCAUUUACAGUGAUACCAAAAUAACCAGCUGUGACUUCUGAAAUGAGGAGUAAUGGAUAUAAAACAACAACAUAUUCUCUCAAUGAAAUUAAAAUGACUUUAAAAUGAUAGCAUUGGCUAGUUUUCAGUUUAUACUUUAUAAACACGAGACAUUCAUAAAUAUAUCUAAAGAUAUGUUAGAUACAGAAUGUGGUA